CAGGUUUUUAGACCCUGUGAGUGAAGACAGCCUCGUGUUCCCAGUAUAUCAUGGCUUCAUCUUCAAGCAGCCUCACUCCUGGGAGAGGUGCUGGCUCAAAGCUCAAGUCCAUGAAGUUGCUCGAGGUUCUGAAUGCCCUGGAGGAAGACGAAUCUGGCCACGGCAGGGAGGAGAUCUUCAUCGCACCACCCAGUAACGCUGCAGGGGACUUCACUGAUGAGGACUCGGGCGAUGAAGAUGGCCGGCGAGGAACCCACCUGCCCGGCAGCGUGCUGCACGCCUUUGUUGUGCCCGAGGACUCUGGCCCCAGCGAGGAUGAGGAGGACCUGCAGCCAGCCAGGAAGAAGCGGAGGGCAGGAGUGGAGCCUCAGCGCAUUUGGACGAAAAGAGACAUCCGGCCGGACUUCAGCAGCUGGACAGCAUCAGAUCCUCAUAUGGAAGAUCUCAGAAGCCAGGAGCUGAGUCCUGUGGGCCUCUUUGAAUUGUUUUUUGAUGAAGGCACAAUUAAUUUUAUUGUUGAUGAAACCAAUCGUUAUGCUUGUCAGAAAAAUGUCAGCCUGGGUCUCACGGCCCAGGAGUUGAAGUGUGUUCUGGGCAUUUUGAUCUUGAGCGGGUACAUCUCCUACCCAAGGAGAAGGAUGUUUUGGGAAACGUCUCCUGAUUCCCAUCACCAUCUCGUGGCUGAUGCAAUCCGGAGGGACCGGUUUGAGCUGAUCUUCUCAUACCUGCAUUUUGCAGAUAAUAACGGGCUGGAUGAAAGUGACCGGUUUGCCAAGGUCAGGCCUCUCAUCGUCCGGAUGAACCGCAAUUUCCAGAAGCACGCGCCCUUGGAAGAGUUCUACAGCUUCGGCGAGUCCACGUGUGAGUACUUCGGACACCGGGGAUCCAAGCAGCUGCCCGCAGGGAAGCCUGUGCGCCUGGGCUACAAGAUCUGGUGUGGGACGACCAGCAGAGGCUACCUGGUGUGGUUCGAGCCCUCGCAGGGCACGCUGUUCACGAAGCCCGGCAGGGGCCUGGACCUGGGAGGCAGCAUGGUGGUCAAAUUUGUAGAUGCACUUCAGGCACGUGGCUGUCUGCCGUACCACAUAUUUUUGGACAAGGUUUUUACAAGUGUCAAACUGAUGUCCAUUUUGAGGAAGAAAGGAGUGAAGGCGACAGGAACUGUCCGUGAGUACAGAACCGAGCGAUGUCCCCUUAAAGAUCCCAAGGAACUGAAGAAGUUGAAGAGGGGUUCGUUUGAUUACAAAGUGGAUGAGAGCGAGGAGAUCAUUGUCUGCCGCUGGCAUGACAGCCGCGUGGUCAACAUCUGCUCCAACGCGGUGGGCAUAGAGCCGGUGGGGCUGAGCAGCCAUCACUCGGGGGCGGCCAGAACGCAGUCCCAGGUCCACCAGCCGUCCCUGGUGAGGCUGUACCAGGAGAAGGUGGGGGGUGUCGGCCGGAUGGACCAGAACAUCGCCAAGUAUAAGGUGAAGAUCCGGGGUAUGAAGUGGUACUCGAGUUUCAUUGGCUAUGUCAUCGACGCCGCUCUUAACAACGCGUGGCAGCUGCACCGGAUAUGCUGCCGAGAUGCCCAGGUGGACCUCCUAGCCUUCCGGAGGUACGUGGCCUGUGUGUACCUGGAGAGCAACGCGGACACGUCGUCCCAGGGGAGGCGAAGCCGGAGGCUGGAAACCGAGAGCCGCUUCGACAUGAUUGGGCACUGGAUCAUCCACCAGGAUAAGAGGACCCGCUGUGCCCUCUGCCACUCACAGACCAACACCCGCUGUGAGAAGUGCCAGAAGGGCGUGCAUGCCAAGUGCUUCAGGGCGUACCACAUCCGGUGAGGCGUGCCCCACAGGUCCCCCCCCCCCCCGCAGGUCUGCCUUAUGCUGAGAUGUUUACAGCUGAUGACAUGCAGCACUUGGAGCACUUGUAGUUUGUGUUGGAAAAAAAAAAAAGACCCGAAUCCUUGAUGAUUUGGUUUUGUAUGUUUCCCCGUCUUCAUUACAGUUUACCGUUUCAUUGUCUGUUGUGUCUACAUGUACUAUAAAUUAAUAUUUAUAUUAGUAAUUGUAAAUAUUUAUGGAUAUGUAUUUUAUACUGUUACUUAUUUCAAUUUACAGGCCCCCUUUUUAUUCAUAUAAAAACUUUGCUUUGGAGUAUAGCUGAGUCCCGGUAAGAACAAGUAAAUGUAAUCCAAAACUUCAGAGAAACUUUCAUAGUGUAUGCUGUCAAUUGUAAUCUAACGUUUAGGCAACGGUAUAUAAAUGUGUCAGUAUGAUGAAGGAUAUCUUAAUCAUAUUUAUUUCACUUUAAUCUAAUGCUAGGAAACUGUCCAGAGAUAGAUGAUCUGUCAUGUAUUUAUCCAGAUGGCUAGAUUUGUAGAGUUCGUAUUUUCUUGAUAAAAAGUAUUUUCCUAAUACGUGUAUAUCCAAGUGGAAUCCGUUUUUAUAAAUAAUGUGAGGUAGGAAGUUUUUUUUCCCCCAAAUGGACUGUCGGCAUCAUUUACUAAAAGUUUUAUUAUAUAUUUCCCCAAUGAUUUAAAUUCUGUCUUUAAAAAUUCCUGAACUUUGGAGGAAAAUAUUGAAACAGAAAAAGUUUAUGUUGGAGAAGCUAGUGGAAUAUAUUCCAGAAGAAUUAAAGAAAUACAUGUAAAAAUUUGAACUUAUCAGAAAUCUAAGAGAGCAUGUUGAGUGUCAUCUCUUUAUUUGGGAAGGAACUUUACAACAGCACACAUAUGAAUGGAGCACAUCAAUGUAUUUGAUUGUGAAGAACUGAAUUGACAUCUGUUAUCAAAGGUAAAGUGCAAAGAAAUUGAGAAGAUGUAUUCCAAAUUAUUACAUUUUUGGUAUAAUAUCCUCAGUGUAAAGACAUCUCAUAAACACAUAGAUGGCAAGGGUAAAAUGUGUAAGGGUAAAGAAAUGUGAUGAAAGAUGAAAAAUGAAUGAACAGUGAAGUAAUGGAAGAAAAAAAACGAAUGAACAGUGAAGAAAUGGACGAGGCUUCACUCUGGUGGCCAUAAAAUGCAAAGAUAAGCAAUUGCUAGGUAUCUUUUAUUAAAGAAAUGAAUUUGUUUAUUUGUACAUAAUUACACUGCUGUGAGUGUAGAAAGGCGGCAGACUCUUGGAAUAUCUGAGGGAGUGUGACUCUGCACAGCCUUUCUGAAGGCAAUUUAAGAGUCCAUCCUAACUCUUAAAAAUUGCUCACACCCACAGAAAAGCAAAUAUUUAGUCCAUAGUGAUCUAAAUAAAUUAAAGAGGGUGGGGAAGGCAUAGGUCCUCCCUUCAGUAGGGACCUAAUUAAUAAAUACAGAAGGAAGGAUGGAAAUAAAAUACUGCUAUUUGGCAAACACCCCAGUGGUAAUUUUAGGGCAUUACACAUAUUUAUUACACAUUUUACCCUUGCCAUCUAUGUGUUUAUGAGAUGUCUUUACACUGAGGAUAUUAUACCAAAAAUGUAAUAAUUUGGAAUACAUCUUCUCAAUUUCUUUGCACUUCACCUUUGAUAACAUGUCAAUUUCACAGUUCUUCACAAUCAAAUACAUUGAUGUGCUCCAUUCAUAUGUGUGCUGUUGUAAAGUUCCUUCCCAAAUAAAGAGAUGACACUCAACAUGCUCUCUUAGAUUUCUGAUAAGUUCAAAUACAAUUUCCUUGUAUUUUCUUCUCUGUGUUUUUUUUCUUAACUUUUUUUGUUGAGUUAUAACCAUUUUACAAUGUUGUGUCAAAUUCCAGUGUAGAGCACAAUUUUUCAGUUAUACAUGAGCAUGUAUAUAUUCAUUGUCACAUUUUUUUCUCUGUGAGCUACCAUAAGAUCUUGUAUAUAUUUCCCUGUGCUACACACUAUAAUCUUGUUUAUCUAUUCUACAUUUUGAAAUCCCACUUUGUCUCUUCCCACCCCCCGGCUCCUUGGCAACCACAAGUUUCUAUUCUAUGUCUAUGAGUCUGUUUCUGUUUUGAACUUACUUUUUAUUCUUUUUUUUAAUUCCACAUAUGAGUGAUCUCAUAUGGUAUUUUUCUUUCUCUUUCUGGCUUACUUCACUUAGAAUGACAUGCUCCAGGAACAUCCAUGUUGCUGCAAAUGGCAUGAUGUUGUUGGUUUUUAUGACUGAAUAGUAUUCCAUUGUGUACAUAUACCACUUCUUUAUCCAGUCAGCUGUUGAUGGACAUUUAGGUUGUUUCCAUGUCUUGGCUAUUGUAAAUAGUGCUGCUAUGAACAUUGGGGUGCAGGUGUCAUCCUGAAGUAGGGUUCCUUCUGGAUAUAUGCCCAGGAGCGGGAUUACUGGGUCACAUGGUAAGUCUAUUCCUAGUCUUUUGAGGAAUCCCCAUACUGUUUUCCACAGUGGCUGCACCAAAAUGCAUUCCCACCAGCAGUGUAGGAGGGUUCCCUUUUCUCCACAGCCUCUCCAGCAUUUAUCAUUUGUGGACUUUUGAAUGAUGGCCAUUCUGACUGGUGUGAGGUGAUACCUCAUUGUAGUUUUGAUUUGAAUUUCUCUGAUAAUUAGUGAUAUUGAGCAUUUUCUCAUGUGCCUAUUGAACAAUUAGUAUGUCUUCCUUGGAGAAUUGCUUGUUUAGGUCUUUUGCUCAUUUCUGAAUUUGGUUGUUUGUUUUUCUCUUAUUAAGUCAUAUGAGCUGCUUAUAUUUUCUGGAGAUCGAGCCUUUGUCAGUUUCACUUGCAAGAAUUUUCUCCCAUUCUGUAGGUUGUCAUUUUGUUUUUCUUAUGGUUUCCUUUGCUGUGUAGAAGCUUCUGUUUCAUUAGGCCCCAUUUGUUUAUUCUUGCUUUUAUUUCUAUUGCUUGAGUAGACUGCCCUAGGAGAGCAUUUUUGAGAUGUAUGUCAGAUAAUGUCUUGCCUACAUUUUCUUCUAGGAGGUUUAUUGUAUCUUAACAUAUUUUAAAGUGCACAGUACCUUAUUAUUGACUAUAGGUGCUAUGUUUACUACAGAUCUCUGAAACUUACGUAGCAUAGCCAAACUUUAUAUCCAUUGAACAACGCCCCAUUUACUCCUCUCCCCAGCCCUUCGCAGCAACCACUCUACUUUCUGUGCCUAUGAGUUUGUCUAUUUUCAAUUCCACAUGUAAAUUGAAAUUAUGCAUUAUUUGUCCUUCUGUGACUGGCUAAUUUCACCUAAGCAUAAUAGCCUCAAGUUUCACCCAUGUUGUUGUAAAUGGUAGAGUACUUUCUUUUUUAUGGAUGAAUAAUAUUCAAUUGUAUGCAAAUACCAGGUUUUCUUUAUCCAUUCAUCUAUGAGUACACAUUUGUGUUGUUUCUAUAUUUUGGCUACUGUGAAUGACGCUACAAUAAACUUAAGAGUGAAGAUA